AUGCAGGAAGCCACAAAUGCUAUAUUACAAAUGCGUUUCCCACAAAAGUUGUGGUAUUUGCUCAAUUUGCAUACUGAUGCAAUAUUAUGGGGUGGUACAGGUCGUACAAUUUUAUUAAACUAUCGAGUUCUCCAGCAUUAUUUAAAAUGCGAUCAUUCCAUCUUCAAAACAACUAACAUCUCCAGUUUUAUAAGACAAUUAAAUUUAUAUGGCUUUCGGAAAGUUACAUCUCAUCUACAGGAUCCUUUGUGUAAUUCCAGCAAUCCUUACAUGCAUGAGUUUAUCCACGAUAAUUUUCAGUAUGGUAGACCCGAAUUGCUUAAUAAGAUAACUAGAAAAGCUUUAACUAUGAAACGGGGUUUUAAGCCGAAGAGUUUAGAAAAUUCUGAUCAAAUUAUUUACAUAUCUCCUUUACAAAAGGCACGUCGCGCUUUGCGUUUAGCAUUGAAGAAAGCAGCUCAAGAUUUACUUGUUUUGAAUUCAUCAAAAGAUUGUAACUCACAAUAUGUUGAUUCGACAGAUGAUUAUUGUGAAGAGGAAGAAAAUAUUGAAUUUGAUUGGCUUAUAACAGACAAUGUUAAUAUGGAACAUCAAAAAGAAUUUACUAAAUCAGACACUGUUCAAAGUAUCAAUGAAAACUCAAGCACUACAAACUAUGGGGACUUGUCACAAGAUGGUCUUCUGGAUUUUUCUGGAAACAUGGACACAUGCCAACCAAACAAUGAAAAUUUUUCAACUCAAUUUCUUAGUAUGCCAGAUCUUGAUGAACCUACUGAAAAAAAAUCUGAUGUUGAAUUAUUAGCUGAGUUUAAUAUUACCAGUGACAUUGAAGAACAUGUUAAAAGCAGUGAAGCAUCUCAUGAAUGCAAUUCAUUAAACUGUGUCUUACCAUCAGUAAAUAAUCAGAUUGAUGAUGGCACAAUGGCUGAGAAAGAUAAUGACAUAAAUCAUUAUCAUGGUGAAUGGGACCAAAUGUUAUAUGAUAUAAUAGAUAAUAAAGGUUCUAACCAAGAAGGUUUAUCUAAUUUUAGGGAACUUUACUCUCAAAUUUCUCAAACUAUUGAUUUAUUAAAUUCUUAAGUUAUUUGUAUUGUAUGAAAUUAAAAAUUCAUGUAAAAUUUUUGCAAUGUAUUAAAGUAGUUAUUUAAAA